CGUAAGCGCUUGACGUCAGCAUAACAACAACCUGUCAAGACAGCUCGUAUGGGGAGAAAAAAUCGGUUAAGAUUUGAUAUCACAGUAUAUUAAAUCUAUCUUACCUGUAUGUAAGAUCACCUCUAUAAGUGUGCGAGAUCCAGGAGGGACAGGGCAUUUUUGAACCUGUCAGUUAGCCAGCCGAAGAGACGGGGAACAGGAUAGGGAAGCAGGGCGAGGCGGGCCCCGCGGAGCCGGCGGAGAAAAUGGCCGGCAGCCCGGAGAAGAGUUCCACAGCGCAGGAGCUGAAAGAGCAGGGGAACCGGCUGUUCCUCUGCCGCAAGUACCAGGAAGCUGCUACAUGCUACAGCAAAGCUAUUAACCGUAAUCCGUCUGUGGCAGUGUACUACACCAACAGGGCUCUCUGCCAUGUGAAGCUGCAGCAGCAUGACAAGGCUCUGGCAGAUUGUAAGCAUGCGCUGGAGCUGGACAGCCAGUCAGUCAAGGCCCACUUCUUCUUGGGCCAGUGUCACCUGGAGCUGGAAAACUAUGAUGAGGCCAUUGGCAACCUGCAGAAAGCGUAUAACCUGGCAAAAGAACAGAGGCUGAAUUUCGGAGACGACAUCCCCAGUGCCUUGCGCAUUGCCAAGAAGAAACGCUGGAACAGCAUUGAAGAGAAGCGUAUUAACCAGGAGAACGAGUUACAUGCUUAUUUGACCAAACUUAUUCUGGCUGAGAAAGAAAGGGAGUUAGAAGAAUACAAAGAAAAACAGGAUGACAAUCAAAAUGGAGGCGAUGCUGCCAAGAUUGCAUCGAAACAUGACAAGUAUCUAAUGGACAUGGAUGAGCUCUUCUCUCAAGUGGAUGAGAAAAGAAAAAAGCGGGAAAUCCCAGAUUAUCUCUGUGGGAAAAUCAGUUUCGAGCUGAUGAGGGAGCCCUGCAUCACACCCAGUGGAAUCACCUAUGAUCGCAAGGACAUUGAAGAGCACCUACAGCGGGUGGGUCACUUUGACCCCGUCACCAGGAGUCCCCUGACCCAGGACCAGCUGAUCCCGAACCUGGCCAUGAAGGAAGUCAUCGAUGCCUUUAUCCAGGAGAACGGCUGGGUGGAGGACUACUGAGGGGGCACCCACCUCCCAUUUCUCCAUCAUACCCCGAUACUCAACACAAAGCCUGGACAACACAAGACUUUAGAGAACAGAUCACCCCUUGCCUGGAUAUGUACUUUACACAAGCGGGAGAAGCCACACUGUGGACUACCAAAUGGGAGCCGUGUAUCUCGGUCUGCCUCUCCUCCCCACAUUUUAUCUUUGCUGUAAAACUUCCUGCUCCAACUUUCUGAGGCUCGGCAUUCAUGGCCCGCUGCUCCCUUUAAAAACCCUAUUCCUUCUGCCUUUUCUAUACUUUCUCUCCUAAGUUCCCCUUCUCCUCUGUCAUGCUGUUUCUAGUCUUUCAACCCUGACUCCUUUCUUUACUCAAAUAAGGGGCCAUGUUCUCAGGUCUCUUCAUGCUCCCUCCUUUCUUCUUCUCUGUCUCUCUCUUUCUCUUGAGUGCCACAAUCCUUUGGAAAGCAUCAGCAUUGCACUCCAGUGUUUUGCAGACACCACCACUAUACAGAAAUCUAUGUUUUGGUUGCAGAAUUUAUUAAGACAUUGGCUUUCUAUUUGGCGUUAACUCUAGUGUUUCGUAAUAAUUUUUUUUUCUUUGAAGAAUGGAGCAUUUGCCGACUUCUUAAUGAACAUUUGCUGAAGUGGUAACUAAAAUGCCAAAACCAUGUUUUCAACUAGGGUAACUAGUUUGUAUGCAAGUUUUACAUGAUGAUAACUGAAAAAUAGUCAAGGAUAAUUGUUUCACUUAGCAUUUAAACCUGUUGUGAGUCAACUGGCAUGAAUGUGGCGCUCCAGACAAACCCACCUGUGUCACCAUACUGUACAACUUUGAGUAGAUUGUUGUAUUUUUUUUUCUUUAAAUCUUUGCAAUCACACCCUAAUACAGACAAUUGAAAUACGUUGAAUGUAUGCAUACUAUACUCUUUAGGUUUGACCUACAGUAAUUCAAAAUGUUUUUUAACAGGACAAUGUAAGGUUGUCAUGAAAAAACAACCUUGAACUGGAUACAGAAAAUGAAUGAAAAUGACUGCUGCACAGGAAAAACAAAAAGUUAUCACAUUGCUGGAUAUUCAUUGAAAAUAUUGAAAUGUUUGAAUUUUGAUAGAUGACAUCAACUGUUCGGGCUGAUGCUGAAAUCUGCUUUGAUGAAUGGUCUGUGCUGUCUGUGUCGUUCAUAGAAACAAAAAUGUGCUCGGACGUUGUGUUUGGCUCGUGCCGUUUGCCUGGAAUGGCAGUGGAUGCUCACAUCAAGCAUGAAGUGUUGCUUUGCAAAAAAACAAGAGGUCGGUUGUCAUUUUCCUCACUUUUUUUUGCUGUUCAUUUUAUGCACCUUCUCCUCCCAGUGUCACACUUAGAAAAAAAGAAAGAAAGUAAAUGGGUAUCACGGUUUGUAUAAACCACUCACCGGUGUUAAACUGACUUUAAGUUUUGGAAUAUCCUGUUACAAGGAUUUGAGGUUCACUAGCAUCCCCUGUACCAACCUCCUCUUCGUUAGAAGUGCUGGAAGAGUUACGACCAUCUUAUCUCAUCCAUACCUCAGUCCAGGUUUUUCGCAUGCUGGUUUGCUGGCAUUCUCUAUAAAACACAUUUUCAGUUCCGUGCUGUUAGUUUACAGGUUUUUCUGCUGAAUUUGCGUCUGUGGUGAAUUAGGCCUGUCGGUGGUCCGUGUUGGGGAGCAGGCAGUGUAAAUAAUUUGCUUGUGUAUCUCAGAUUUUAUUUCUUGACAAAAUAGGGUUUUUUUUUUUUCUUGAGAAAUCCUAGAGCUUGAGAAACUGUAUUAAAUGUAGAUAUGUUGAUAACAUGAAUGCCUGGUUCAGUUUUCAUUUGUUCCCAAUUAAACCGUGAACUUUGA